GUAAAAACCUUCCCUCUGCACACAGGCUGUAGUGAACAUAUUAUGUAGUUGACCUGUUUGAUAGUCGCAUCUAGAAGAUAAGCCAACGGAAUUUUCACAUUUUGUAAUCAUGAGUGGCUUUAAAUGUAUGCUCACGUUAGGCAGUUACAGCCGCAGGAUCAUUCGGAUUAAUGCUCAGACAGUGAUUCCCAAGAGAAAUCUUUUCGACCAAUCAAGGCAGUCUUUGUUCAAACGUGAGAAUGUCAAACUUGUUAAUGUGGGUCGGCAAUCCAGUUCUACUGCUGCACAAGCAGAAAAAGGUGAAGACUCCUUUCUGAAAUGGCUCCUGCUGUUGAUUCCUGUCACCACUUUUGGCCUUGGAACAUGGCAGGUGAAGCGCAGGCAAUGGAAGUUGAAGUUGAUCCAAGAGCUCCAAAAUUUAACAACUGCAGAUCCAAUUCCACUUCCUACAGAUCCUGUGGAGCUGAAGGAUCUGGAGUACAGGCGUGUAAAGGUGCGAGGGCGGUUUGAUCACUCUCAGGAGCUGUACAUCCUGCCCCGUUCUCCAGUAGAUCCUGAGAGAGAGGCUCGUGAGGCAGGAAGGCUGUCCUCCAGUGUAGAGAGUGGAGCUAAUGUCAUCACACCGUUCUACUGUACUGAUCUGGGGAUCACAAUCUUGGUUAACAGAGGUUACGUCCCCAAAAACAAAAUUAGACAAGAAACCCGGAUGAAGGGCCAGGUAACAGAAGAAGUGGACCUGGUGGGCAUAGUGCGUUUGACGGAGCAGCGGAAACCAUUUGUCCCUCAGAACAAUGUGGAGGCAAACCGGUGGCACUACCGGGAUUUGGAGGCCAUGGCAAAGGCUACUGGUGCUGAGGAGAUCUUCAUUGAUGCUGUGCUAGAGAGCACAAUACCAGGUGGACCAAUAGGAGGCCAGACAAGAGUAACCCUGCGGAACGAACACAUGCAGUACAUCAUUACAUGGUAUGGACUAUGUGCGGCUACUUCAUACAUGUGGUAUGCCAAGUUCAUCAAACGCAUUGGUGUAUGAAAGCAACUGAAUACUGUGUCCUGUGAAAAGUUCUAUCCAAAUAUUUUAAAAUAAACUUUAGCUUUGUUCUGUUUGAAUGGUCUGGAACCAGUGGCCCAGUAAAUGUGUCUUUGAGUACUCUA